AUGCCUGAAAUUGAAAAACUAUCGCUUGAAGCGAUUUACACGUCGGAAAAGAGUGGAAAUGACGAAAGUGGAGAUGGUACACAGGAGAGUCCAUUUAAAACUAUUCUGCAGGCAAUGCGUCAUGCAGGAAAGGAGCCAUUUCCGACCAUUUACGUGGAUUCUAAAGAAGAGGGUAAAUCUUACGACGUAGCGGCGAAAUCCCAAUUGAAGAAGAUUCAAAAGAUGUGGGUAAGGGAAAACUAUAAAGCUGCUGACAAGGCGAAGGCUGAAGACGAGAGCAAUGACAAACGGCAGCAGAACUUGGAAGACGCUAAGAAAGUUGUUAUUAAGCAGGAUUCUAGCCUUCCUGUUGCAGUAACAGUGAAGUUAUGUCAGACAAAGGAUCACAGAGGCAAAAGAAUACAAGUGUCUGGAUGGGUGCACAGGUUAAGACGUCAAGGAAAAUCACUAGCAUUCAUAACAUUGCGAGAUGGUACAGGUUACCUACAAUGUGUGCUUCAUGGUGAACUUUGUCAGACUUAUGACGCACUGGUAUUAUCAACGGAAUCAUCUGUGGUCCUUUAUGGGAACUUGGAAGCGGUUCCAGAAGGAAAAACUGCACCAGGAGGCCAUGAAUUGACAGUAGACUACUGGGAGCUAAUUGGUUUGGCCCCACCUGGAGGUGCUGAUGCUAUACUGAAUGAGGAAGCGCAUCCAGACGUCCAACUUGAUAACAGGCACAUCAUGAUUCGUGGCGAGAACACGUCGAAAGUCCUACGUGCACGUGCGGCUGUGACGCGAGCUUUCCGCGAACAUUUCAACGCUCGCAGCUACACAGAGGUGACUCCUCCCACACUCGUACAGACUCAGUGUGAGGGUGGCAGUACUCUGUUCAAAUUUAGCUACUUCGGAGAGCAAGCGUACCUUACACAGAGUUCACAGUUGUAUCUCGAAACUUGUCUUGCAACGUUGGGUGAUGUGUAUUGUAUAGCGCAGUCGUACCGUGCCGAACAGUCACGCACCAGGAGACAUCUUGCUGAGUACAGCCACGUGGAAGCGGAGAUCCCCUUCAUCACGUUUGAGCAAUUGCUGGACAGGAUCGAGGAUCUGGUGGUGGAUGUGGUCGAUCGGGUGCUGGCUUCACCCGAAGGCCAGUUGGUUUAUGAACUUAACCCAGACUUUAAGAAACCUACAAGGCCAUUCAAGCGAAUGGCGUACACAGAGGCUUUGGAAUAUCUAAAAGAAAACAAUAUCACUAAAGACGACGGAUCCUUCUACGAGUUCGGCGAUGACAUACCAGAGAUGCCCGAACGUAAAAUGACAGAUGCGAUUGGGGUGCCGAUACUUCUAUGCAAAUUUCCAGCUGAAAUAAAGUCCUUCUAUAUGCCCCGAUGUGAAGAUGACAAACGCUUGACUGAGUCUGUGGAUGUGCUGAUGCCGGGUGUUGGUGAGAUUGUCGGUGGUUCUAUGAGGAUAUGGGACUAUGAACAAUUGAUGGAAGGUUACGCACGGGAAGGCAUUGACCCUACACCAUACUACUGGUAUACGGACCAACGUAAAUUCGGAUCAGUACCACACGGAGGGUACGGGCUGGGGCUAGAACGAUUCCUGUGCUGGUUGUUGGCCCGGCACCACAUCCGCGAUGUCUGCCUUUACCCACGAUUCCUUGAGCGAUGCACGCCCUAA